AGUAUUGGAACGAGUACUGGAUCUCGCACAGCGGCCACAGCCGCCCAUACGCCACAAACUACCUCGGCCAUUUUCUCCUGACGCUGCUGCUCGUGCCGUACAUGCAGCCUGGCGGGAGCGUAGUGGUCGUGAGCAGCAUCACUGCCUGGUGGGCCGACCCCAAGUGGUUGACGAUAGGCUUCGGCGUGCCGGUUCCCAACAUAACAGAUGUGCACGAGGAUCUACAGCGCCACUACUUGGCAGACGGCAUGUACGCCGCCAGCAAAUAUGCGGCCGUGUGCUUUGGGAACACCCUCAGGCGGAAGGUCGCCAGCCAGAACAUCAGGGUCGCGGUGAUGACGCCAGGCCAGGUCGACACGGAUCUGCAGACCCAGAACCCAGACUACGCCGCCGUCAAUUGGGCCUCCGUCGACGCCGAGGAGGGCGCCCGCGUGCUCUUCGAGAGCGCGUUCGCCGCGGGCAGCGCUGCCGAGGCCGAGUUCCUGUACCCGUACUGGUUCCCCAGCCAGAUCUACAGGC